CUUCAUCGUACUUUGCCUCCCAGUAGAGAAGUUAUGAUACUUGAUUUUUCGAACCUCUGAAUUUGUUCGACUCAAAUUGAUAAUUUAUAUUUUCAUUCAUCUUUAUUGCUAUUGGCGAGAGAGAUUAUGCUGCAAGUUCGACAUGCAAAGAUAAAAUGAAAGCUACAGGCUUUUGUUAUUCGAAGAAGUAAAAGAUGGCAUCGAGAAGACACACUCUCCUUGUGAACCAAGUAAUGGCAGUUAUGAUCCAGAACCGUUCAUUUGAUGCCCAACUCGCUGCCUCAACCAAUCAACCAUGGACCCUCGAUUUAGUCUCCGAUAUAUUAAGAUCCAUACCCAAUUUCUUCUUCCAAUCACCGCGUUCGAUUGGCCGCCAAAUGGGUUUUCGUCACCGUGCGCCUUUGAAGCAGCGACACCUCAAUGUGGAAUCCCAUAAGUUUCGAAAAAAUGUGCUUGUUCUUGGCCCUGCUGCUUACAGGGAUCCGCAAAGGGUCAAGUUGGGAUUAGACAAGGCAAUGGAGUUUUUCAACUGGGUGGAGACCUAUUUCGGGUUUGCCCAUGACGAGAUAACUUGUAGAGAGAUGGCUUGUGUGUUGGCUAGAGGAAGUAGAUUGAAAGGGUUGUGGGUGUUUCUCAAAGAAAUGUCGAGAAGAGACGGGGAAAAGCUUGUUAGUACUUCAUCUGUUACCUGUUUGAUAAAAGUCCUAGGAGAGGAGGGCUUGGUCAAUGAAGCAUUGGAUGUGUUUUAUGGGAUGAAGCGGUUUCGCUGUAAACAGGAUGUGUAUGCUUAUAACACUGUUAUUUAUGCGCUUUGUAGAGUUGGGAAUUUCAAGAAGGCAAGGUUUUUGUUGGAACAAAUGGAAUUGCCGGGGUUUAGGUGCCCUCCGGAUACAUACACUUAUACAAUUUUGAUUUCUUCUUACUGUAAGUAUGGAAUGCAGACUGGAUGCAGAAAGGCCAUUAGGAGGAGGUUGUGGGAAGCAAAUCAUUUGUUUCGGAUAAUGUUGUUCAAGGGUUUGGUUCCUGAUGUGGUAGCUUAUAAUUGCUUGAUUGAUGGUUGUUGCAAAACAUAUCGAAUUGAGAGGGCACUGGAACUCUUUGAAGAUAUGAAUAAGAGGGGUUGCCUACCUAAUCGGGUUACAUAUAAUUCUUUUAUUCGUUAUUAUAGUGCUGUUAAUGAGACUGAUAAGGCUGUUGAGAUGAUGCGAAGCAUGCAAAAAAUGAAUCACGGAAUGCCCACUUCAAGUUCUUAUACCCCCAUUAUACAUGCUCUAUGCGAAGCAGGAAGGGUGCUGGAGGCUCGAGAUUUUCUUAUCGAGUUGGUUGAUGGGGGCUCAGUUCCCAGAGAGUAUACAUACAAGUUAGUUUGUGAUGCACUCAACUCAGCAGGGGAGGCCAAUUUACUGGAUAAUGAAUUGAAUAAAAGAGUUAAAGAUGGAAUAGAUAAGAGGUGUAGACAAGUGAUGAAGCUCAAGCCUAUAAUGUCCCGCAAGAAGGUUUUGUAGAAUAAGCUCAAUUCAAUAGAUUGGCUAGAACUGGCAAUGCUCAUCGCUCGAAUGAACUUCGGAUGACAAGAAACGGGUGGAUAUUAUGGCUUUAGUAGGUCUGUGCUCUGGGCGCUUCAGUUCGACCGAGGAAUAUAUGAUUUGGAGCAUAAAAUUAGGAGAUGCUGUGUGGCAUUCAAAGCUACUCUGGAUGGAUUGUAGCAGGUAUUGUUUCCAAUCUCUCACUUUAUGUGCACUGCAAGGCUAAGUAGAAACUGGGGAACAAUGCUUUUGUUACGGAUGGUCAAAUCUGUAUUCGUGCUGUUUGAUUUAGAAUUAUCUUCUCUCUAGGCAUUUGUAACGCAUUGUUGAGAAUUACACCACUGGAUCUGUGGAGAAAUAAACGAAGAGGAUGAUGGGUGAGAAAUAAACCUAUACGCCAUCCCACCCUUGAAGGAAAAUCCCCAUCCCCAAACCACCCCCAGGUGUGUAGAAGGUUAAGUUAGUGAAUUGGAUGGUGGGUGAUAAUGUGAUCAUGUAUGAUACAAUAUGUUUCUUAUCUGAUUAUAAUUUCUUUACUGUAAAACAUAACAACAUUCAAUCAUAUUAAAAAGGUUGUCAUUAGUUAUACGCUAACUUUG